AGCGCUUCGCACGGACGUUAUACAACGAAGGCGUUUCAAGCUCACCGUCGUCGCGUGACAAUUGACGAAAACUAUCGUUCACAGAAUAGAAUUGGUAACAAAAAACAAAACAACAACAACAAACAAAAGCGAAAGAGGACAGGAAACAAGAACGACGCGGCGAUUCUAAACCGUGAUUAUACAAAUCAGUGACUCCGGCUGCCAAAGCCCAACCGUCACCGAACAAACUUCGGGCAUUAACUAUAAACAGUGAAGAUGAUUCGGUGUUCGAUUAUCUCGGCAGCGGUUGUUCUGUGUCUUGCUGUCGCCUACAGCGAAGGCUCCGCUAUUCCAAUGUGGGAAUUCCUGUCGAAGGAAGAAAAAAUGAGUCACUUGUACAAAGUGUUCAGCAAACAGGUGGCAAAAUAUUGCGCGGAUUCAUCGAAGCCUGAUUGCAACAAAAAUCUGCUAGUCUCGGGCCUCAGAAACCUCGCAAACAUGGACGAGGAUUAUCUCAACACAAUGGACCCCUACCAGCGUGGUGCCACGGAAAUGAUUUGGCACGCGUUGUUGACCAACGACGAUUUCGAAUCUACAUUCGAACGUGAGGGAGAUUCCUUGUACUACUCUUCUGAGUCUGAUCGUUUCGGCGACAACUUUGGCAGCGAUAAUAACGGCCUUGCUGAAGAGUCUUCGGCGCCUUCCGGUGACUACGUUCGUCCGGCUGGUCACACCGGGCCUUACCUGAUGGGCCCAAUGGUGAUCCGAGUGCUUCCUGACGGCCGUCCCGUUCCCGGCGAUUCGGAACUUCCGUUGCCCCGCGACGAGGACGUCGACGAUCUGAAGUACGCGAAGUUGCCGUCCAUCGCGGAAAUCGAGUCGAGGUCCUUUUUCUUCGGGAAGUCGCUUACCUCGUCGGGGAAACCCGCUAAACGGCCGAUAUUCUCCGUAGGGCAGCAGAAGCCAAGCGUGAUCCUCACUACCAGACGAUCCGGAAAUCAGCAGAAAAAUCCACUUUUCGACGACAGAGUUCGCGGAGAAAAAGACAUCUUCGACAGCUACGAGCGGUCCGUUAGAUAUUAUUAGAAAUCCGAGUAGUUUUCUUGUUAUUCCCGUUAUUUUUUCAUGUCUUUUUUUUUUUUAAAUUGAAUUUGACAAACGUCGAUUAUUUUUGACGAUAUUCUUUAGUGAUAGUGAUUAACGAUUGCUUAGCCAAAAAGAAAAGAACAAACACCUCAUUCUGAUCUGUUGGAUAAAAAUCGUAUGUAGUUUAACUUUCAUAUACGACAUAUAUAUAUAUAUAUAUAUAUAUAUAUGUGUAUGUAUUUGUGUAGGUAUGUAAAUUUACCGAGAGAAAAUCGUCAAACUUAACAGAUCGAGCGUUCACUGCGCAUGCUCGAGCUUCGUCGGAUUUUCGUACAGGCUGUCCACCCCAAACAUCAACUGUCAAACGCGACUUGGACUUAUGAAGAUUACGCAGGCGAUACGAUCUGUUUUGAAUCAAACAGAUCUUAAAUAGUUGAUGUUGUGAUUCGGAAAGGGUUGGAGACAUUUUAAUGUUGACUGACUGAUAACUGUUACGAGUCAUCACAGCAACAUAAUUUCAGAGAGUUUAAUAUUUCGUGUUCCGUUUCGAGUAAGUUGGCUCCUAUGAUUUGCAUGCGAAAAUAUUGCCACGGUACAAUCUUGCCGACAAAUUAAGCUCGAUUAUUUCGCGCAUGCGCAGUCGAUCAUUCGGCCUGAUAAGUUGCACCGCCCGAUCUCGGUAUAUAAUACAAAAUAUGCGCACUGACGAUUGGUUGGCUGCACAAUGUCCGGAGAAAUAAUGUUGACGCGAAACCGUAGUUUUGUGGUUUUUUGAAGUUGAUAAAGUUGCGUCGAAGUGAUUACGAGGAAGAGUAAAAUUUUUACGUCAAAUGUCGUUUCAGGAUCAGUGAGUUGUACAAUGGUAGGAUGAUUUCUAUAGAUGUUUAGAAACAAACAUCAGGCUGACCAUGACGAAACAUUAAUUUAAUAAAAUUUGUAGAUAUUAAGUUAGGGCUAAGAUUCGCUAAGUUAAUUUUAUGCAUUCCUAUUUAUUCAACUUUUAACAACUGUUAUACAUACUUGUAUAUCUAUUAACAUUUUUGAUAUUUCGAUUUUACGUUACAUAUACGAUUUUGAGGACUGUUCGAUAUUAAUACAGCCGCCUGAGAAUUCCAUCGUAUACAUCCGUCGUAUUCAGAAAAGAGGCAGUUCCUGGCACUCUUGAUUUUUAUACACGAAUAAAAGUCCAACGAGAUAUUGCUUUAAGACAAAAAGAGAAAGCGAGUGAGAAAAUGAGAAAAGGAUCGUGUCGACGAUACAAGGAGUUCUCAUGGCUUGAAUGAACAAAAGUCACUUAAAUGCCCGUAAUUACAUGGGCAUAGUAAUUCGUUGUAAAUAUUAUAUUGUAAAUAGCCUAAUUUUUGCUACCACCGUUCAUCUUCAUUUUCGAUGUAUUUUUUUUUCUAAUAUUUCCUUCAACUUUUCAUUGGUUCGCGGUUGUAAUGUGUGAUAUAAUGCGUUGAGGCUCGAUUCAUUAAUCAAAAUUCUAACAACUAUAUAUCCUUGAUUAACGAAGUGUUUUAUUCGUCUUUCUUAUUUCUAUUUUAGUUAAAUCAACACUAAACAUACCUAUAUGGAAUAAAUGUGUAACAUGUAGGAUUUGUGAUAAAUGAAAACUAAAAAGCUAAAAAUUACAAGUUACAAAAUUACAUUUAUAAGGAGUAAAUUGUGAGUUAAAAGUCACAAAAUUGUAUGUCAUAUUGAUAAUACUGAUCCAAAUCAUUAAAAA